GAGACCCUCUUCUGUCUCCAGGAAGGAACUAGGGCUGCGAGCCCUGAACCCCGCCUGAGGCGUCCCUGGAGAGAGCCAGGAUUCAUUAUUUGAGAUGCUGCCCUUAACAGGCAAAACAAUAAUAUUUGAUAGCUUUCCUGAUCCUUCGGAUACCUGGGAAAUCGUUGAGACAAUUGGCAAAGGAACAUAUGGCAAAGUGUUUAAAGUAUUCAACAAGAAAAAUGGGAGCAAAGCAGCUGUCAAAAUCUUGGAUCCAGUUCACGAUAUUGAUGAAGAGAUUGAAGCUGAAUACAACAUUUUGAAAGCUCUUUCUGAUCAUCCAAAUGUGGUCAAAUUCUAUGGACUAUACUACAAAAAAGAUGUGAAGGAUGGAGAUCAGCUGUGGCUGGUUCUGGAACUGUGUAAUGGAGGCUCCGUAACUGACCUCGUGAAAGGAUUUUUGAAGAGAGGAGAAAGAAUGAGUGAAGUUAUCAUUGCUUACAUUUUACAUGAAGCCCUUAUGGGACUUCAGCAUUUGCAUGAAAACAAAACCAUCCACCGUGAUAUCAAGGGAAACAAUAUUCUGUUAACCACCGAAGGAGGUGUUAAGCUUGUGGAUUUUGGUGUAUCGGCUCAACUGACCAGCAGUCGUCUCAGAAGGAAUACAUCAGUAGGAACUCCCUUUUGGAUGGCUCCUGAGGUGAUUGCAUGUGAGCAACAGUUGGAUAGUUCCUAUGAUGCCAGAUGUGAUGCGUGGUCACUGGGUAUCACUGCUAUUGAAUUAGGUGAUGGAGACCCACCAUUGGCUGAUUUGCAUCCCAUGAGAGCCCUGUUUAAAAUACCAAGAAACCCACCUCCAACAUUACGGCAGCCAGAACUAUGGUCAUCUGAAUUCAAUGACUUUAUCAGCAAGUGUUUGACCAAAGAUUAUGAGAAACGCCCAACUGUGUCUGACCUGCUACAGCAUGAUUUUGUGAAACAAGUGGAGGGCAAAGAGAAUGUCUUGCAGAUGCAACUGAUGGAAUUUAUUGAAGUUCACCAACAAAUGGGAGUCACAGAAAAAGCAAGGUACUUUUUUUGUCUAUUUGAGCGCAUUCAUACUAAGAAAGGGAAUUAUAGUAGGUCUCCUGUUGGAAACCAGGAAGAUGUAGAUGAUCUGGCAACAUUGGAAGUAUUAGAUGAGAAUACAGUAACUGAGCAACUUCAGAAGAGCUAUGCCAAGGAUCAGAUCUACACCUAUGUGGGAGACAUUCUCAUUGCAGUCAAUCCUUUUCGGAACUUAGAUAUUUAUGCUACACAGCAUUCCAGACUGUACAUUGGGGCCAAACGGACUGCCAAUCCUCCUCAUAUUUUUGCUGUGGCUGAUAUUGCAUACCAGUCCAUGGUCACAUACAAUUCAGAUCAGUGUAUUGUCAUUUCUGGAGAGAGUGGAGCAGGAAAGACCCAGAGUGCCCAUCUUCUGGUCCAGCAACUGACUGUCCUUGGAAGGGCUAACAACAGGACUCUUCAGGAAAAGAUUCUCCAAGUCAAUAAUCUGCUGGAGGCAUUUGGAAAUGCAGGCACUAUUAUUAAUGAUAACUCCAGCAGAUUUGGAAAAUAUCUAGAAAUGAAAUUCACUUCCAGUGGAACUGUUGUAAGCGCUCUGAUUUCAGAGUAUCUUCUAGAAAAGUCUAGAGUCAUACAUCAAGCUGUAGGUGAGAAGAAUUUUCAUAUUUUUUAUUACAUCUAUGCUGGCUUGGCAGAGAAGAAAAAACUAGCUCAUUAUAAACUGCCAGAAAAUAAGCCUCCCAGGUAUCUACAGAAUGAACAUUUGAGAACAGUACAAGAUUUCAUGAACAACAGUUUCUACAAAUCUCAGUUUGAAUUAAUUGAACAGUGCUUCAAAGUGAUUGGGUUUACAAUGGAGGAACUAGGGAGCGUAUACAGCAUACUUGCUGCUAUUCUAAAUGUGGGCAACAUUGAAUUUUCAUCUGUGGUUACUGAGUACAUGAUUGACAAGAGCAUCAUUUCCAAUCCAACACCUCUUGAAAACUCUGCUUCUUUGUUGUGCAUUCAGGCAGAUGAGUUGCAAGAAGCUCUGACUUCUCAUUGUGUGGUGACCCGAGGGGAAACAAUUAUACGGCCCAACACAAUGGAAAAAGCCACUGAUGUAAGAGAUGCCACAGCCAAAGCAUUAUAUGGGCGACUCUUUAGUUGGAUAGUCAACCGCAUCAAUGCAUUGCUCAAGCCAGAUACAUGUUUAAACAGAAGUGACGAAGGACUAAACAUUGGGAUUCUUGAUAUCUUUGGAUUUGAAAACUUCAAAAAGAAUUCAUUUGAACAACUGUGCAUCAACAUUGCCAAUGAGCAAAUUCAGUUCUACUUCAAUCAGCAUGUCUUUGCAUGGGAACAGAAUGAAUAUUUGUAUGAAGGUGUUGAUGCACGAGUUAUUGAAUAUGAAGACAACAGGCCCCUGUUAGACAUGUUCUUGCAAAAACCAAUGGGAUUAUUGUCCCUUCUUGAUGAGGAGAGCCGUUUUCCUAGAGCUACAGAUCAAACACUUGUGGAAAAAUUUGAAGACAAUCUAAAAUCAAAAUAUUUCUGGAGACCCAAACGAAUGGAUUUGACAUUUGGAAUAUAUCAUUAUGCUGGGAAGGUUCUUUAUAAUGCAUCUGGAUUCUUAGCCAAAAAUAGAGACACCUUACCAGCUGAUAUUGUGCUGCUCUUGCGAUCUUCUGAAAACUAUUUGACUAGACAGCUGGUAAUCCACCCUCUUACAAAAACAGGUAAUUUGGCACACUCUAAAAGCAAGAGUGCUGUCAACUACCAGACAUGGACUCCACAGAAAUCAAUCAGCCAAAGUAAGCUGGAUAUCUUUGUGUUGUGCAAUUCGUAUUCCUUCCGUGAGAGUGAGCCAGAGGAUUCCACGCAUCAUCCAAGAGAAACAACCAAUAUGAAAACACAGACAGUUGCUUCAUAUUUCAGGUACUCAUUAAUGGAUUUAUUAUCUAAAAUGGUUGUGGGCCAGCCUCACUUUGUUCGUUGCAUUAAGCCAAACAAUGAUCGACAGGCAAACAAGUAUGACAGAGAAAAGGUACUGGUACAGCUGCGCUACACUGGCAUUCUGGAAACAGCGCGGAUUCGGAGGCAGGGUUAUUCUCAUCGUAUCCUCUUUGCUAACUUCAUAAAGCGAUACUAUCUCCUUUGUUACAAAUCAAGCGACAACCCUCCUGUCAGCCCUGAAACCUGUGCUGCCAUCUUGGAAAAAGCUCAGGUUGAUAACUGGAUACUGGGGAAAACUAAGGUGUUUCUCAAGUACUACCAUGUAGAACAACUGAAUUUAAUGCGAAAGGAAACAAUCAACAGGAUUGUUUUGAUUCAAGCAUAUGUCAGAGGAUGGCUUGGUUCAAAAAGAUACAAAAAAAUAAAGGAGAAAAGGGAAGAAAGUGCAAUUAAAGUACAGUCAGCUUACAGGGGAUAUGUUACUCGCAAAGAAUAUACUGUUGCAAAGAAUGCAUACAAAAUGGAAUUACGCAUUACCAGACUUCAGGCUGUUGCAAGAGGAUACUUAAUCAGAAAGAAGAUUAAGGAUGAAAAAGAUGCAAAUAAUAAAGCAGCAACAAAAAUUCAGUCUCACUACAGAGGAUACAGGGAGAGAAAGAGUUUCAGAAGAAAAAGGGAAUCGUUCCUCAGGAAGGAGCAGACUGAAGUGGCAGCUAACCCAGGUGAAAAGGAAAAAAAUCAAAUUCCAGAGGAUGGGAGUGAGACAACUGUCAUGCAAAACUCUCUGUCUCAUACUGAAGAGGUAGCUGCUAUUAUACUUCAGAGUAAUUACCGGGGUUACCGAGAACGUAAAAAGUUCAAGGAACAGUGUGAGAAAAAAGGUGAUGGACAUGUUACACAGAGCUCACUUCUAGAGGCUGAAGACAGUUCAGCUCUUGUACAAAAUACAUCUCGUACUGAAGAGGAAGCUGCUGUUGUCCUUCAGAGUAACUACCGGGGUUACCGAGAGCGUAAAAAGUUCAAGGGGCGGUACAAAAAAAUGACAGGUGCAGAUGAGGAUCAGAGCACUUCUUCAGAGGUUGAGGGUGGUGCAGCUCUUGUCCCAAACUCCCCUCCUCAAUCUGAAGAGGAAGCUGCUAUUAUCCUUCAAAGCAACUACCGGGGUUACAGAGAACGUAAAAGGAUAAGACAACAGUGCUGCAAGAAUAUGGUGGCGACUGAAGCAUCUUCAACUCAGAGUCUCCAAUUGGCUGAAAGUACAGCAUCAGAAAUGGAAGCAGGAAUGGACCAAAAAGAUGCUAUACUUUCUCAGAACAUCCUCUGCUUGGAUCAAAAGGCACCAGAGGAGAAUAAAGAGAUGCUUCACAGGGGAAGAAGUUCUUCACUGAAGCAAAAGCCUCCCGAGGAUGACAAAAAACAGGCCAGUUCCAGCCGCUCUUCUAAGAAAGCAUCUAUCAAAAAAGUGUUUGAAGCUAGCCAGCAGCAGACUCCUCAGGAAAGAAGAGGUACAAAUGAGAAAAAUCAAACCCCCAUUGUUCUGUGUGAUAGUCACCUGGAGAGACGGUCUCUGAAAUACAGCCAGCCAGUUCCCAGCGAAAACAAAGCAAACAUAAGGAAAGGCUCCCUGAGAGGUUCUCAAAAACAUAUUGAAGCCAGCAAGCCAGCCUUAGGAGACAAAGAAAAGGCAGCAUUAGUCAUUCAGAGUAAUUACCGAGGAUACCGAAGAAGAGGACAGCUCAGGAAAGAAGGGAAAUUGCUUUGUGAAAAUCAAGACAGAGCCCACAAUGAGCUGAACGGUGAUGGACAAAGUAAAAGUCCUGGUUGGAAGACAACAAAAGAGAAGCACAGCCCCAGCACCCAGGUUGGGGGCCUAAGGAAGGAGGACCCAGAGAAGGAAAAGUCUGAUUUGGCAGCUUUUUCCAGACAGAUAUCAAAAUUAUCAGAAGACUAUUUGGUGCUGCAGCAGAAAUUGAAUGAAAUGAUUCUCUCACAUCAGCUAAGACCUGUGAUGCUCUCCAAAGACAAGCAAACAAAUGGCCACCUUUCUCCUAGUGUGUGUGAGUCAGCUGCCGCCAAACCAGAGGAUGCUCAGCCUGUGCAGAGAAGCCCAAGGAGACCCCAGAAACCUAAGACACUGAACAACCCUGAAGAUUCUACAUAUUAUAGUCUUAUACAUAAAUCAGUGCAGGAUGAAAAGCGGAAACCAAGAAAAAGCAGUCUUGGCAAGAUAUUGGAUGUAGAAGAUCUGUAUUAUCAAGAACUUUCACCCACUGAUUUAAUCUCAAAUGAUGGCAAUACCAGCACAAGAGAAAAGAAGGCACCACGAGAGUCUAGAACUGCAAUAUUAAAGAUUAGCGAAGGGCCAAAGGUCACUGGGAGCCCUCUGGAAGAGAAUAAAACCAAGGAGAAUCCUUAUGACUAUCGAAAAUUGCUACGGAAAACCUCUCAACGCCGACGCCUUAUCCAGCAGCAUUAGCAGUUGCUACUGCUGUUUCUCCUUGGCUUUCUCCAGCAUAAUCACUGCUCCUUUUUUUUUUUUGUAUGGUUUUAUACUGUAUUCUUCUCCUCUUAAUGCAUCUCUCUUCCUUGCUCUUUGGCAUUUUAAGUCAACUGUGUGUUUUUUGCAUAUGACAUUUCAACACACAGUAAUUAUAGUAGAGCCUUACAGGGAAAGAUGCCAUGGUUUUAAAUAAUAAUUCGUUGGUGUUCUUCUGAAUUUUUUUAAAGAAAAUGAACAGAUGUGUGAAAACUAUUUUAUUAGUAAGCCAUAACUUA